AUGAUCCGAGAAUGUGAGCGCUAUUUGGUUCCGAGAAGCGAUGAAACGAAGAAGCUCAGUAAAGAGGAAGCGGCUGAAAGGAAGAAGCGCAAGAACGACAUGCACGAUCUACUUAUCAAGGUGAUGAAUGCUUAUUUUGCGGUUGUGAUUGGAGGCAACAAGACGGUUUAUACCGAAAUCGUCUUUUGCCGUGACAAAGAUGGCAAACUCCAGCGAGAAGAGGUCAUAGAAAGGCCGGGCCACAACUUUAUUGAGCGGUGCAGGAACAUCCAGCUGGAUUGUCUGCCCGGCAAGAGCAAGGAAGCUGCGAAGUUCUGGGAGAGCAACUCAAAACGACGUGAGUAUGACAGGAUCGUCUUCGAACCGGAUCCGAUGAAAACCAAUCCACGGCACUUCAACCUAUUCUGCGGUUUGGAGUUUGAGCCGCUUCAACACAAGCUCAAACUCUCCGAGAUGGCCGAAUGUGAGCAGCAAAUGCCGAUGCUCAUGUGGCACAUCCGUUACAUCCUGAGUGACGGUUGCAACGAACGAUUUACUUUCAACAUCAAAUGGAUGGCGCACGCGGUUCAAAGACCGGGGCGCAAGAUUGGAGUUGCAUUAGUCUUCCGCGGCCCUCAAGGUUGCGGAAAGUCCACCCCAAUCGAUUUCUUAGGCAACCAAAUCCUCGGGUAUAAGAACUAUCUGUACUGCAAUGAGAUUGAGAAAGUGAUUGGCCAGUUCAACGCAUUGUCUGCCAACCGCUUGUUGAUUGCCUUUGACGAGGCGGGUAACUGGGGAGGAGCCUACAAGCUGAAUGAUAGGAUGAAGUCACUCAUCACGCAACCGGAUACUUGCCUAGAGAAGAAAGGCAUAGAUGCUAUUAAGACUCGAGACGUGAGCAACAUCAUCUUUACCACGAACAACUCUUGGCCCGUCAAACGAGAAGCUGGAGACCGCCGUUACUCCUGUCAAGAAUGCUCGGGCGCCAUGGCUGGAAACAAGGAGUAUUUUGCCGCUUUCCUUCAAGAGCUGGACAAGCCACAAACAGCGGCAAACUUCCACAGAUACCUCUCUUCAAUCGAUAUCUCUGACUGGAAUCCAGAAAUGAUCCCAAGCACCAUUUGGGGAGAGACUUUAAAAGAUCAUUCGAUUCCCCCAUACAUCAAGAUGGUUCAAGCGCUGCUUGAGAACGGCUGCUUCCACCCCCAGAGUCACGUGCGCGCUCCAGACAAAAAGGAAAAGGAAAAGGAAAAGGAAAAUGAACAGGGAAAGGAAGAUAUUCAUCUGGAGCCAAGUACCUAA